AUGAAUACGCACACUCAGCUUAAUACUAUUCAAACGACCCUCGAUCGUAUGAAUACUAUGCUGCAAGCAUUAGACAUGCGAAGUUUUGCCAGAGCGUUAAACUCACGUGUUAAUGAUCCAACUGCAGAUAUUCAACCACUCCCAAACUUACAAAAUCAGACCCCGAACACUUUUCCAGAUAACAUAUCGCAACUUCAUGGAUUAACCGGGGCAUCUAUAAACACUCUCUUAAGUUUCUACGGUCUGCCAAGUCAUGGAAGACUGGAAAAACGACGAAAGAUUCUAGCACAGUAUAUUGGAAUUAAACUCCUUUAG